AUGUACAAGUCAAUCACUUCACUCGUAGGCGAAUAUCUACCAUUAAAGACGCUACAGAUGGAUCAGAGAGGAGGUAGACCUGGAGUAAUGGGAUGCACUGACAACAUGUUAAUUGACAAAAUGAUCCUAGAAGAUGCAAAAAUGAAUAAAAAGAAUUUAUCAAUGGUUUGGACUGAUGUAAGAAAAGCAUUUGAUUCCGUGACACACGCUUGGAUUCUUAAGGUGUUAUCAAUGAAUAAGACAAACAAACGAAUCAUAAAGUUUGUAGAAAACAUAAUGAAAGGCUGGAAAAUCUCAAUAACCGUCGAUACAGUAAAUGGAAAGGAACAAUUGGAGCCAAUAAAUGUCAAGAGAGGUAUACUGCAAGGAGACAGCUUUGUUGUCAAGCUUUUUGUACUAUGUCUUGACCCAAUAGCUUGGACGAUUAGAGGAUAUGAGGGUUACCAACUGACGCACGACAGGACAAUGAAGAUAACACACCUAUUAUAUGUUGACGAUUUAAAACUCUAUGCAAAGUCAGAGAACAAAAUAUCAGUCGUGACAAAGAAAGUUAAGGAAAUGUAUGAAGAUAUUGGGAUGUCCUGGGGCCUAGAAAAGUGUGCUUCUUUGCAUGUAGUUAGAGGGAAAGUAUCAAAGAGCGAAGAUUUACCAAUAGGAGCAAAGGAUUCCAUCUCAGUUAUGGAAUCUAGCGACAAGUACAAAUUCCUUGGAAAGUAUGAAAAUUUCGAACAGCUGGACAAGUUCACGUUCCAACAAGCAGAAAAAGAGUAUCUACGAAGAUUGAAUGUUAUAUGGUCAUCACCCUUGUCAGUACCAAGAAAACAGACAGCUUGCAUCGUCUUUGCUUUGCCUACAUUAGAAUACUUCAUGGGGACAAGUAAUUGGUUGAUAGCAGAUAUUCAAAAUCUUGACAGGAAAAGCAGAAAGGUAGUCGAGAUGCAUAAAGGAAAACACAUCUCAGAAUCAAUAGCAAUGCUCUAUUUGCCACAGAAAUGUGGUGGAAGGGGCUUCAAGUCUGUAGAGGAUACCUAUAAGAUCUCAAAAAUUAAGGUUGCACAUCACAUUAACAUAAGCAAAGAUCCAAGAAUAAAGCUGGUACGCUCGUUCCAACAUUACAAAAGCAAAAAGAACUUCAAGUCAACUUUUGUUGAAGCAACAAGGUAUGCAAAGGAACAUUUCAAAGCUGACUUGAGCCUUUUAGAGGAAAAGUCUGUAUUAAGCUAUGAACAGGAAAGAGUGGAGUUAAAAGAUGACAACUAUAUACAGAUCCAACGCAGACUAGGAAGUAUCAUUCAAAGACUAUAUGAAGAAAGAGUUAGAAACCAACCUUGGUUAGGAUUCUACACGGUUUCAAUACUAGAUAGUGAUGAAAUAUCAAAAAACAGUAGAAACAUUUUUCGAAGCUGGAAAAACAUCCCAGAUAUAGUCUUAUCGACAAAUGAAUCAAUAAAGCAACAGUUACUACCUACCAAAGCGUAUUCAAAGUACAAGUUAAAGAUGGAAACUGCAAAUACAACAUGUAGUCUAUGUAAGCAAGCAGAAGAAACAGUCGUUCAUUUGCUGUGCUCCUGUGCAGCAUUAGCACAAACACUCUACAAGGCACGACACGAUAGAAUGUUAAGACCUAUUUAUCAUCUAAUACGAGCAAAGUUUGAAUUUGAUGGAAAUAAUCGUGGAGUUCCAUGGUACAAGCAAGCAUUACCUCUUGCAAGCAUCGAAAAUGAUCGUGCUAAGAUUAUGUGGGACAUACCGAUGCACUUAGACAAAAGACCAAGCAACAAUGCCAUUAAGCCUGAUAUGCUGAUAAUUGACAAAGUAGGAAAAAAGGUCAGUUUGAUAGAGGGGACUAUAUGUGCACCUGGAUGUAUUGCCAAGAGAGAGAAAGAAAAACAAGACAAGUAUUCUGAAAUGAGAAAGUCACUGGAACGGUUAAAUCGUGGAUACGAAAUAGAUCAAAUCAAUGUUGUAUUUGACUUUCUAGGCUGUUACAGCAAGCAAUUGGAGUGUCAUAUCAAGAGACUAUGUGAAGGAGAGAAGGAGGCAAAAUUAGUAAUCGAACAAUGUCAAAAAUGGGUACUCAGCCAAAACUGCGAGAUUGUUAAAUCUUUUUAUGAAAGAAAAUAG